AUGAGAAGAAUCAAGACCCUUUAUGGAGUUGUUGAACAUUAUAUAUUUUUCUCUGAAGUAGGCAUUGGGAUCUCCUUCAACAUUAUCCUCUUCCUCUUCUACCUUUUUGAGUUCCUUCUUGAACGCAGGCUCCGGAUCAUUGACCCACUCAUCAGUGUCUUGGCCCUCAUCCACCUUGGGAUGCUAACAGUCAUUGGGUUCGCAGCUGCUGACAUUCUUGCAUCUCAGAAUAUGUGGAAUGACAUCAAGUGUAACUCCCUGCUUCACUUGUACAGGCUUUUGAGAGGCCUCUCUCUUUGUGCCACCUGCCUGCUGAGCAUCCUUCAGGCCAUCAUCCUCAGCCCCAGAAGCUCCUGUCUGGGAAAGUUCAAACCUAAAUCCCCACAACAGAGCCUGUGCCCCCUUCUCGUGCUGUGGGCCUUCUACAUGUCCUGUGGUGCUCAGUUCUCCUUCUCCUAUGUUGCUGAGUACAAUGUCACCUCACAUGGUCUCAUAUUUGUCACAGAAUCUUGCAUUAUUUUACCGAUGGAGUAUAGCAGCAGACCCUUAUUUUCCAUACUGAGGAUAUUUCGAGAUGUGUCCUUUCUAGGUCUCAUGGCCCUUUCCAGCGGGUACAUGGUGGCUCUUUUGUGCAGACACAAGAAGCAGGCUCAGUACCUUCACAGAUCCAGCCUUUCUGCAAAACUGUCCCCAGUGCAAAGAGCCACCAGGACCAUCCUGCUGCUCAUGAACUUCUUUGUCCUGAUGUACUGUUUGGACUGCAUCAUAUUUGCCUCAAAACUGAUGCAGGACAGUGCCCCAAUCCACCACAGUAUCCACAUGAUGGUCUCCAAUGGCUAUGCCACCGUAAGCCCCUUGCUGUUCAUUGGCACUGAGAAACGAAUUGUUGUCUUCUUACAAUCCUUGGUGGGGAGGACAGAAAAUGCUUAA